CACCAGAUGGCGGUUUAGGAUUGCUGCUCUUCUAAAAGGAGCGGUUCCAUCUCCUGGUCCAAUUUUCAAUUAAUAAAUCCAUACAUAGGAAAACUUUACUCGAAUUCCGAAUCGUGGGAACGCCGACCUAUACGGCCAUGAGCAUCCCAGGUUUAGAGUUGCAGUGUUAAUACUGUUAUCAGCACUUACACCACACUGUAAGGUCCCCAACCAGUAGCACUCUGGAACACACAGCACUGGAAACCAGACCUGUAACACACAAGCUGUCUGUUUGUUAUCAUGAUCACCUCAGAGCUCCCAGUGCUACAGGACUCGGGUGAGUCGGGUCAGGACACAGUGAGUCUCAGUAUGAGUAUGAGUGAGCUGGACGACUCUGGAGAUGGCAAGGGCCGGAAGAAGAGAGGAAGGCCUGGCAGACCACCUGCACCCAACAAGAAGCCUCGGAAGUCGCCAUUGGAAAAGGGCUUUGUGGGAGCACCGCGUGGGCGGAAGGCCAAUGGCAUGGCUCAGCAGAACGGAGAGGGAGAUCCUGUCACUCUGUUUGAGGUUGUCAAACAGGGAAGGAGUGCUAUGCAGUCAGUGGUUGAUGACUGGAUCGAGUCGUACAAGCAAGACAGAGAUAUUGCACUUCUGGACCUCAUUAACUUCUUCAUCCAGUGCUCUGGCUGUAAAGGCACUGUUAGGAUUGAAAUGUUUCGUAACAUGCAGAAUGCAGAAAUCAUCCGCAAAAUGACAGAAGAGUUUGAUGAGGACAGUGGAGAUUACCCCUUGACCAUAUCAGGUCCAUUGUGGAAGAAGUUUCGCUACAACUUCUGUGAGUUCAUCAGUGUCCUGAUUCGUCAGUGCCAGUACAGCAUCAUCUAUGAUGAGUACAUGAUGGACACGGUCAUCUCUCUGCUCACAGGGCUCUCGGACUCUCAGGUCCGAGCCUUUAGACACACCAGCACUCUAGCAGCCAUGAAGCUCAUGACAGCUCUGGUAAACGUGGCUCUGAACCUAAGCAUUCACCAGGACAACACACAGAGACAGUACGAAGCAGAACGGAACAAAAUGGUUGGAAAGAGAGCCAAUGAGAAACUCGAACUUUUGCUCCAAAAGAGGAAAGAGCUCCAAGAAAACCAAGAUGAAAUCGAAAACAUGAUGAACUCAAUCUUCAAGGGAAUCUUUGUUCAUCGUUACAGGGAUGCGAUUGCUGAAAUCAGAGCGAUAUGUAUAGAGGAGAUUGGUGUGUGGAUGAAAAUGUACAGUGAUGCCUUCCUAAAUGACAGCUAUCUGAAGUAUGUGGGAUGGACCUUACAUGACCGGCAAGGUGAAGUGCGGUUGAAAUGUUUGAAAGCCUUACAAAACCUCUACACAAACCGUGAACUUUUUCCAAAACUCGAGCUCUUCACAAACCGGUUCAAGGAUCGUAUCGUGUCCAUGACCCUGGAUAAAGAGUAUGAUGUUGCAGUGGAGGCCAUCAGACUGGUCACAUUAAUCCUACAGGGGAGUGAGGACGCUCUGUCUAAUGAAGAUUGUGAGAAUGUCUAUCAUCUGGUGUACUCUGCACAUAGGCCUGUGGCAGUGGCUGCAGGGGAGUUCCUGCAUCGAAAAUUGUUCAGCAGACAUGAUCCUCAGGCAGAAGAGGCUCUGGCCAAGCGCAGGGGCAGGUGCAGCCCAAAUGGAAACCUCAUCCGCAUGCUAGUGCUCUUCUUUCUGGAGAGUGAGCUGCACGAGCAUGCUGCAUAUCUUGUGGACAGUUUGUGGGAGAGCUCACAGGAGCUGCUAAAAGACUGGGAGUGUAUGAGUGAGCUGCUGCUGGAGGAACCUGUGCAGGGAGAAGAGGUGUUGUCAGACAGGCAAGAAGGUGCUCUGAUCGAAUUGACUGUCUGUACUAUCCGUCAGGCUGCUGAAGCCCACCCUCCUGUAGGGAGAGGAACUGGAAAAAGGGUCUUGACUGCAAAAGAAAGAAAGACUCAGAUUGAUGACAAAAACAAACUGACGGAGCACUUCAUCAUGGCUCUUCCAAUGUUACUCUCAAAGUAUCAGACAGAUGCAGAGAAAUUAGGCAACCUCCUACAGAUCCCACAGUACUUUGACCUAGACGUGUAUAGUGCUGGGAGAAUGGAGAAGCACUUGGAUGCAUUGCUGAAGCAGAUCAAGUUUGUGGUGGAGAAGCACACAGAUACAGAGGUGCUGGAGGCUUGCAGUAAGACCUACAGUAUCCUGUGUAGUGAAGAGUACACCAUCAUGAACCGCGUGGACAUCACUCGCAGUCAGCUCAUUGAUGAACUAGCCGACCGUUUCAACCAUUCGGUGGAGGAGCUGCUGCAGGCGGGAGAAGAAGCUGAUGAUGAUGACAUCUACAAUGUUCUCUCUACUCUAAAGAGACUCACUGCCUUUCACAAUGCUCAUGACUUGACCAGAUGGGACUUUUUUGGGAAUUGCUAUAGGUUGCUAAGGACAGGAAUAGAGCAGGGAUCUAUGCCAGAGCAGAUAGCAGUGCAGGCUCUUCAGUGCUCUCAUUACUCUAUACUCUGGCAGCUGGUGAAGAUCACAGAAGGCACUCCAUCCAAAGAUGAUCUCCUAGCAUUGAGAAGGGUUGUCAAGUCUUUUCUAGCUGUGUGCCAGCAGUGUUUAUCAAAUGUCAACACACCGGUCAAAGAGCAGGCUUUCAUGCUGCUAUGUGACCUGCUUAUGAUCUUCAGUCACCAGCUCACCACAGGGGCCAGAGAGGGUCUGCAGCCUCUGGUCUUCAACCCAGACAGCACCCUACAGAACGAGCUGCUCAACUUCGUCCUGGACCAUGUAUUUAUUGACCAGGACGAUGAGAAUCAGAGCAUAGAAGGUGAUGAAGAGGAUGAAGCUAACAAGAUUGAGGCCUUACACAAGAGGAGGAAUCUUCUAGCAGCCUUCAGCAAGCUCAUCAUUUAUGACAUAGUAGAUAUGCCUGCCGCUGCAGAUAUCUUCAAACACUACAUGAGGUAUUACAAUGAUUAUGGAGACAUCAUCAAGGAAACACUAAGCAAGACUAGGCAGACGGACAAGAUAUUGUGUGCCAAGACACUAAUUCUGAGCUUACAACAGCUCUUUAAUGAGCUGAUCCAGGAUCAGGGGCCUAACUUGGACAGGACGUCAUCUCACGUUAGCGGCAUUAAGGAAUUGGCCCGUCGCUUUGCCCUCACAUUUGGCUUGGACCAAAUCAAGACCAGAGAGGCUGUGGCCACACUACACAAAGAUGGGAUUGAGUUUGCCUUCAAGUAUCAGAAUCCUCAAGGUCCAGAGUAUCCCCCUCCAAAUCUGGCCUUUCUAGAGGUCCUCUGUGAAUUCUCCUCUAAGCUUCUUCGGCAAGACAAGAAGACAGUGCACUCAUAUCUGGAGAAGUUUAUGACAGAGCAGAUGAUGGAGAGGCGUGAGGACAUCUGGCUGCCUCUCAUCUCUUACAGGAACUCUCUGCUCACAGGUGGAGACGAGGACCGCAUGUCUAUCACCAGCGGCAGCAGCAGCAGUAAGACUGGAUCUGUACGCAGCAAAAAGGGCCGUCUGUCCAUGCACAAGAGACGCAUCGAGGAGGAGAGUGUGGAUGCCUCGUGGAUGAUGAGGAAUGACACCCUACAGACUCCCGGAGCCUUGCAGACACCCCAGCUCACCUCAACAGUACUCCGAGAAAGCCCUCGUCAAGCUGCCGAGCACAUGCCUGACCCGGACUCUGAACCUGGGUCUGAAUCUGACUAUGUCCAUAAUCCUCAGAUGCAGAUGUCCUGGCUUGGUCAGCAGAAGAUGGAGGAAGUGAACAGGAAAGAGCGCACAGCCAUGAACUACAUUAAGGCCCGUAGUGGAGGAGUGCGACAGACUGUACGGGGCCUCAUGGAGGAUGAUGCAGAGCCCAUUUUUGAGGAUGUCAUGAUGUCGUCUCGCGGACAGCUGGAAGACAUGAGUGAGGAAUUUGAAGACACCAUGGUGAUUGAUCUGCCUCCAUCCAGGAACAGGCGUGAGAGGGCAGAGCUGAGACCUGACUUCUUUGACUCGGCAGCCAUGAUUGAAGAUGAGUCGGGUUUUACAAUGCCUAUGUUCUGAGGUACCACGAGAGAUUGAAAAAGAGCAUAUGAUUAGAUUUGAUAUGAUCUCAAAGGAACAAACAAAUUCAAAUAAUGGAGGCACUUGUGUUCAGUUUCAGUGAUUCUGGAGUGAACUUUACACAAAUCCAAAUCUUCCAUCAGCGGAGCUUCAGAUAUUAUUUUAACAGAUUCAGUCUAAUCAUGUCACAUAUGGUGAAUUGUUCUGUUGAAUGCUAUGUUUUGUUCAGCUCAUUUGAAUCACACUGGAUGGGAUUUACAUUGUGGUACAAAUUUAUCAUGUAAGAAUGUAUGGUUCCAUAUGUUAAAGAUGUACAUAUUUGUGUUUAUCCAUCCUACUAUGUAGUUGCCCUGUACAGUUAGAUUAUGGAGUAGUUUUUACAAUAAAGUCAACAAACCUUCUUUCUUUCACCCAAACAACCCAAUCAGUCAUACAUUUUGGCAAAUCUUCUGUCUAAAUUUAUACAUAAAAAUAACAUUCUCUUGUUUUCAGUAGUUUUUGGGUAAAGGACUAAAGAAGGUAAACAGCGGUUGUGAGAAAAGUUUGGUCAGAAUGUUGUUACAGUUGUGUUAAAAUGUCUGUGUAUUACACAAUUGACCUAAAAGGGAAUUACGUGUUGUGUAUUUUGGCUUGCAGAACAUUUGAAUGGUCGGUUCUUUAUCUUUUAUUUCCAGUAGAUUUAGUUUUCAAUGAGGUUAGGCUUUAUUUGUGUGAAAUGUCUAUUGAACAUUUAUUGUGGAUUAUAACGAGGAAGGUUUCUGCCAGUUGCUUUUUGUCUGGAUCAAACCGAAGAUCCUGCUGUGCCAUGUUUUGAUCAAGGCAGAUUCAAGUAUUGUGACACUAACUGCCUCUGUUUAAGUGCUUUAUGGUCAUGUGUUCUCAAAGUGAAACGUUGUACUAACAACAACAUGAAUUUUCCCAUGAUUGUCAUUACUCCCAAUCCAACUCUUGGUUAGCUUUGCUAGUGUACCUGUAAAUUGUACAUUUUCGAUAUAAAAAGGUUUUCUUUUGUAAUACCUAGAAAUUAUGUACCACUUUCCCUUUUAAUGGAAAACUGUUCUAAAACUUUUCUUCAGUGAACUUAUGGAAAAUUCACUUUUUCAGAAA